GAACGGAAUGUUUUUAAACUGUUUGGGUGUCUGAGCAAGAUUUAAUCUCUCAAGGUUGAUUCGGGAAGAUUAUUGUUAUGCCUUGUUUGUCAAGGCGAUUAUGCUUACAGUUUUACAAUGAGUCAGGGUCUAGAAACUCCAGUGGCUUUGGAACUAUUUUGCAAAAUUUUGGAAACGUUAAGUGAAAGACCAAUAAGUGGUGUUGUAUUGCUGAGUUGGUCUCGUUCGGAUAUAUUAUCUCUUAUGUUGAGCAUAAUGUCACUUAUUCUUAUAUCAUGUUCUGUUGCUUCAUACCGAUAUUCCUCCAGCUACUCCUGGAUAUCGAUUGCUGGGGAUUUGCUCUUUGUCCUCUUGUCAAGUAGCCUUUUGUUCUUAACGUUCUUAACGCGUUAUAAAAGGAUAAUUUCAUCUUGUACACAGUUUAAGACAUUCUUAAGAUCUUCCGUCACUUGUCUUAGAAAUUUGAAGCCGAAUGAGCUUUCAUAUUCACCUUGUCUAAAUGGACUUUUAAAUGAGAUGGUUGGUUUGGAUACCCACCUCACUAUCCGAGAUGGAAAAAUCGUGGUCUUGCCUGCUGUUUUACUUGUUCCGGGUGAUGUUAUUAUUAUUAAACCAGGUCAGACAAUCUUCGCUUUCUGCAAACAAAUAAAUGAAAAUCACAUUUACUUUCCAGGUGAUGUUUAUGUCCCUCAGAAACUCAGUUGUAACCUGAUAUCCACCUCGUUUACAUCCAUUCAAAAAUCAGAUGAGUCUGUGGUAGCCGUUGUCAUCCAUUCUCCUUUGGCUUCUUACCUUGAUAUUGCUUUUAGAUCAAGAGUUGAAAAUGGUUAUACGUUUCAACCGCUUGCUUAUAAAGUUGUGAAUACUGCAGUUUGGGUUUCUUUAAUUAUCAAGUGUUCUAUAACUUUCAUUUUUCUAACUUCAAUAUUUAUUUGCACAUUACCUAUUGGUGAUCUUAGUCAUCAGUUUUAUCGCUUGCUAAUCUGGUUUGCCCACACUCUUGGUAUUGUUAUUGCUUCUUCGAGCUUCUCAUUGUAUUUCUUAUGGAUGAUUGCCACUGCUGUCGUCACAUUCCACUUCCAGAAUGUUCUUUCUAACUCUCAGGAUCAUUUUAAACUUAUUGAUGGCAAUGACUUCAAAUCUCCCCAUGUAUUUUUCCAACCCAACAUGUCUAAGGCUUCCAGAUCAAACACGCUAACUUUUCACUCGCUUAUCUCCAAUCUUCGCUACAUUGGCUUUAUGGUAAGUAAGAUUAAGGUUGUUUAUGUAUUUACUAAAAGUUUACCCUCUGGUCUGUAAAUGAUCGUUUUUUUCUCGUUUGCACCGCAGAGUAAAAGUUAGUUCUCUAAAAGAUCACUUUUUGUUUUCUUUUUUCAUUACUUUCCAGUGAUUUAUAGCUUAUGAACUUCAGGUGCCCUGUAUGUAUACUUUUCUGUUAACUAAUGAUUUACGAGACUUAAAUUCAAAGGUUAUACAGUAUUUUAACGAUUUACACAAGAUUGUGUUGAAUCAACAGAGAAUUCUGCGGCUGUCAGUGAUGUUCUUCAAGAGUUAUACUUGAGUGUAGCAUUUAUUUUAUAGUUCUUAGAUAACAAUAUUUGGUAUACAUAACAGUCAGAAAUUAUUCAGUCAUUUAUGUGUAACGUAGAAAUUGCGAUAUGUACGUUUGUUCAAGUUGUUAUGUAUAUUCACAACGAGUAUAUAUUAUCCAAAGUUACUGGAAUAUUAUAAAUGGUAUUAUCUCCAGUUGUAGUAGAGAAAAUUAAAGAUAGUCGCAUAAGACGAUUUUUAGCGUCAGAAUCCCAGAGAAAAUAAAAAGUAAAUGGGUCUGCAUCAUUGUGCGCAAUUUUAAGCCAUAUCACAUCAAGUCCCCACCGAUUGAUUACAAUAAUCAAGCCGACUCUAAAUUAGGUAGUCUACACAUACAAAUACAACUCAGUCUAGCAGCUAAUAAUCUCAUGAGUUGAUAUUACGUUUUGUUUUGAUCGCUCUGACCUUCCUCACAAACCACUACAUCAGUCACUAUCGCUUUUGAUCAGAAUACAUGAAUUAUUUAUCAGUUCAACUCGUCAAACCAGCAUGGUAAGUAUGGUGAUAAAGACCUACAGUAGGAAUGAAAAUAAAAGAAAAACAGUUGAGAACUCAUUCAAAGUUUGAAUUAGUAUCAUGUUCUAAACGUAAAUAUUGGUACGGGAUGAAUGGAUGUAUCAACUGUACAGUAACUGUUUUUGAACUAUUUAACUACCUGUGUACACAAAUUAUCCAACCUAUCAAAAUGGGAUUGUGUCUUACACCAAACUAAAUAACUCUGUAAUAUUUUGAAGAUCUAUGACGUUUAGAGGUUGCAAAGGAGUAUCGGUUAUUUUAAGUCUUAAUGAUGACAAAAGCUGCUGUUUUCUGAGAAAUGCGUAAGCUCAAUUUUAAAUAGAGCAAAGUGAGCAAGCUUAAUAAUGUAGAAUCUUUUAACUGUAAAGGUAAUUUAUUUUUGACGUAAAUUGUACUGCUCUAUUGUCUUAAUUAGUGGAAUAAGCCUUAUUAGUCAUUCUUUAAGUUGGAUAAGAAACUAGGGAGCCAAUUACUACACAAAACUGUGUUUAAGUAGUCAGUUUGCGUACCAAAUGCACUCGAGUUUUCUGAUUUCAGUUUAUAUCGUCAUCGAUUAAUCCAUAGCGAGAUACAUACUACAUAUAUCUAUUAACAUUUUAACUUCAAUAAUAACU